AUGUCCUACAAAGUGCUCUUCCCCAAACAGGUGUGGAUCAUCCGUGGCCAUAAAGAGGAGGCAGAGAUCUGCUUGUCCUUCUUCGAGCUGCUGAAGAAGUACGGGUACGGGCAGGACCUGAUCAACAUUAUUACCGACCUCUUCACCCACCUGCCGGUUGCCGGGCUGAUUGACGGGCGGAUCCUCUGCAUGCAUGGCAUGAUUCCCAUGGAACUGACACCAGAGCUCCUUGAAAGUGGGUGGGAGCCGUGGCAAAACACGCGCAAGGUGUUAAACACGGCAAUGACAUGGAACAAUCCCAUGGAAGACCUCAAAGGCUACCCGCCCAACAAGAAGCUCCAUCCCGGGCAUCGUCUGGGCACCGAAUUGAUCACAAACCAGAUGAAAUGGCUUGACGUCGAGUUCGUGAUCCGAGGCCACCAGGUGAUGACGAACGGCGUGCGACGGCUCGGUGACCUCCCGUUGGCUACUGUCUUCUCCACAUCAGGCCACGAGCUCGGGCCAAAUCUCGGCGCCAUCCUCUUCGUCGACCCCGAGGAGAAUGCCAUCGUGCCGAUCUUCAUCGUCAACAUUAGACACACAAGCAUCAAGACGCAAAAGGACUUCGACAAGAAGCUCGCUGAGGGAUGGAAAGUCGAUGAUUACGCUCGCCCGCUGCCCGUCGAACGGGCGGUGACGGAGAAAAAGGAAGCGAAGGAAGCGAAGGAAGCGACGGAAGCGAAGGAAGCGAAGGAAGCGAAGGAACCGAAGGAAGAGGGCAAGAAA